AUGGGCGGUUCCGUGUCUAAGAUAAUGGGGAAGAUUUUCGGCACCAAGGAGAUGCGAAUCUUGAUGCUGGGUUUGGAUGCUGCUGGAAAAACCACAAUUCUUUACAAGUUGAAACUUACAAAUCAGGAUGUCACCACGAUCCCCACCGUCGGUUUCAACGUCGAGAGCGUUACAUAUAAGAAUGUCAAAUUCAACGUCUGGGAUGUCGGUGGUCAGGACAAGAUCCGUCCGCUGUGGAGACAUUAUUACUCCGGUACACAAGGUCUGAUCUUCGUCGUCGACUCUAGCGACACUGCUCGGAUGGAAGAGGCUCGCUCGGAGCUUCACAAGAUCAUCAAUGAUCGCGAAAUGAAGGAUGCCUUGCUCCUUGUCUUUGCUAAUAAGCAGGAUGUCCAGGGCCGUAUGUAUCUUCCAUUCCUACCUUCAGAGUCAAGAGCUAAUCAGCUGUCAUCUGCAGAUAUGAGUCCUGAAGACGUCACCCAGGCACUGCAACUCAACAAGCUCAAGGACAAGCUGUGGUAUGUUGCGCCCAGUGUUGCAACGGAGGGUACCGGUAUCUUUGAGGGUCUUGCUUGGCUCUCCAACAACGUCAAGACCCAACCUCAGAAAUAA